AUGCAAGUGCUUGUCAAGCAUGGAGCUAAUGUGUCCACGACGAACAGGAACCGGCGGACAUGCGCGCACUCGGCGUGUGAGGAAGGGCAUGUAGAGGCGGUACGGUACUUGGGGGAGGUAGGGGGCCGGGAGCUGCUCGCCCAGCCGGACAAGGAGGGCACGACAUGCGCGCACUUGGCAUUUCAAACAGGGCAUGUAGAGGGGAUACGGUACUUGGGGGAGGUAGGGGGCCGGGAGCUGCUCGCCCAGCCGGACAAGGAAGGGAGGACCUGCGCGCACUUGGCGAGCAUGGGAGGGCACUUGGAGGCGGUACGGUACUUGGGGGAGGUAGGGGGCCGGGAGCUGCUCGCCCAGCCGGACGAGAACGGAUUGAACUGCGCGCACUGGGCGAGCUUGGGAGGGCACUUGGAGACGGUACGGUACUUGGGGGAGGUAGGGGGCCGGGAGCUGCUCGCGCAGGCGGACAACCAAGGGAGGACAUGCGCGCACUGGGCGAGCAUGGGAGGGCAUGUAGAGGCGGUACGGUACUUGGGGGAGGUAGGGGGCCGGGAGCUGCUCGCCCAGCCGGACAAGGAAGGGAGGACAUGCGCGCACAUGGCGAGCGAGGGAGGGCACUUGGAGGCGGUACGGUACUUGGGGGAGGUAGGGGGCCGGGAGCUGCUGGGGCAGCCGGACAGUCAAGGGAGGACAUGCGCGCACAUGGCGAGCGAGGGAGGGCACGUAGAGGCGGUACGGUACUUGGGGGAGGUAGGGGGCCGGGAGCUGCUCGCCCAGCCGGACAAUCAAGAGAGGACAUGCGCGCACAUGGCGAGCGAGGGAGGGCAUGUAGAGGCGGUACGGUACUUGAGGGAGGUAGGG